AUGGCUUCCCUCCGGUUUCAGGUGGAGUUCUGGGACCACAGCAGGAACCAGCGCUGUCAACCCCUGGGCUCAGCAGCGCCCUCAUUCUCAGGCCGGCGGCUCUGCCCUGACCUGCGCAGGAAGGCCACCAACUGCCCCAGGCUGACCUCACGCCCCUCCCACUGCUGUAGCCUGACCUCACCCAGCCCCAUCCCUUCCGGCAGAAUUAGAGCUCGUCUUCCGGAGCGGCGGGCGCAGCGGGCGCGGCUGGUGCGGCGGUGGCUGGGCAGUGUCGAGCCGGGCCAGAUGGACCCUGGGCGUCGCCACCCUGGAACAUGUGGAGUGGUGGAAGACACCGAUUGGCCAGGUCCCGGUCAUGUGACCAUACGCUCUAGAGCACGUGUGAGCUGCUCCUGGUGGGUCAGCGGUGGAGAUAGCAGCAGCACACCGCACUGGAGCCUGGACCAGAGAGAAGGUUCUUGCCAGGGCUCUCCUGGCAUCUGUGACCCUCAGCGCUGCUCUUCCAGAUGUGGAAAGCCUCGGCAGGCCACACUGUGUCCAUCAACCGGGACGACGGGGGAGCCGACAACUGGGAGUACCGACCCUGAUUUCGUGAAUGACGUAAGUGAAAAAGAGCAGAGAUGGGGGGCCAAGGCCGUGCCAGGAUCUGGGCACCAGGAGCACAUCACUAUCCACAAGCUGUGGGAGAAUGUGUUUCAAGAACACCAGACCCUCAGGGAGAAAGAGCUGGAAAUGGGACCCAAAGCCUCUCCUGGCUACAGAGGGAAGUUUGGCGUGGAGCAGGACAGGAUGGACAAGUCAGCUGUUGGCCAUGAGUAUCAGUCAAAGCUCUCCAAGUGCUGCUUGCAGGUUGACUCCAUCUGGGGGUUUGGAGGCAAGUUUGGUGUCCAGUUGGACAGAGUGGACCAGAACAGUGACAAGUGUUUGGAAACGGCCUCAGUGCUAUCAGUGAGUGGUGAGGUGCAAUCUGUGGACACCCCACAAGGAACAGCCCUCCCCCUCCUUCCUGCCACCUUCAGCAGCCGCCGCCCCAGGACUGACUCGUCUGUGUGUGUGUUUCCAGUUUACCCGCACUAAUGCUACAGGUGAUUAUACAGCGUCCAGAAUACGACAAAGACGACAUUUUGAACUCCAUGCGAUCUUUAAUCUGUUUAAAGUUGUUGUAUGGCCCCUAAGGUAUUUUAUUACAGACUUUUUAAUUAGUGAAAAAUUCAUGAAUACCAUAGAGAAAAUGUUUUAAAAUUUAAUGUUUCUUCUAUUUAUGUAAACUUAUGAAUUCAUUUAUAUACUUUUUCUUGUAUAGCCAGGCUAUAAAUAUCCUUUCAGAUCAAUUCAUGUUCUGAUAUCUGAUUUUAGUCUUUCAAAUGAAUGUACUGUAAUGCUUGUCUGUAUAAAUCCUAUGAACAAAUAUAUGGCUUUUGUAAAUGAUGCAUUUAUUGUAAUUAUUCUUGUUUAAUUUUUAAAUGAUAAACCAUGAGAGAAGGGGUUUUCCUGCAAUUGUAAAAUCAUCAUGACACGGUAUGCAUUAUCCUUCCAGAAUGUAACUGAGCUCUCCAACACUCACCCUGAAAUGAGCGAACUUAAUUUCAACCAAUUGUUCUAUUUUAA